AUGAAACAAGAGGACGAGGAGAAGACUAAUAGUAUGUCUUAUUCAGAUGACCAAGCGGAUGCUGAAUCUCCGGCAAGCCUAAUUGACUUUCCAGCAGGCCUAGAUGCCAGGACCAUGCUACAGAAGGCGGAGUCUUUGGCUCGUACAUUAUCUCAACAUACAACACGUAAUGGCCCCUUGGAGAUUGAUGAAAAUGAUUUUGAUAUGCAUGCCAUAAUGGCUGCAUUGGUUAGGGAUUAUGAGAAUCAGAAUAUCUAUACACGUCAAAUGGGUGUAAUAAUGGAAAAUGUUACUGUUAAUGGGAUUGAUACAUCGUGUACCGAUGGUAGUAAUUUUGGAGAUAUACUUGCGCUACCUCUAACGGUUGGGCGUAAACUGCGUGCGCCAAAGCACAUUCGCAACAUUCUAGUCAACAUUGAUAUGCUGGUGCGCCCGGGAGAGAUGGUUCUGGUCCUGGGUCGUCCCGGGAGCGGAUGCUCCUCCCUUCUUCGGGCUGCGGCAGGCGAUAUAGAACAGUUCACCAGCGUCAAUGGUGUCAUAUCCUACGACGGAAUAUCGCAGAAGGAAGUGCUAAAGAACUUCAAGGCAGAUGUUAUAUACAACGGAGAGCAGGAUGUGCAUUUCCCGCAUCUAACUGUGCGCCAGACCUUGGAUUUUGCAUUGGCAUGUAAGACUCCCAACGUCCGUGUGAAUGGGAUGUCCAGGAAGGAGUAUAUUACAAUGAUGCGUGACUUGUACGCAACGGUUUUUGGGCUAAAACAUACUUAUGAUACCAAAGUGGGAGAUGAUUUUGUUAGAGGUGUGUCCGGUGGUGAAAGGAAGAGAGUGUCUAUUGCAGAAGCACUUGCCGCUGAUGCUUCUGUAUACUGUUGGGACAAUGCCACUAGAGGAUUAGAUGCUUCCACUGCUCUUGAAUAUGCUCACGCAAUUAGAACAUUGACCAAUAUACUUAAGUCUUCCAGUCUGGUGACACUUUAUCAAGCAAGUGAACGUAUUUAUCAGCUUUUUGACAAGGUUACAGUUCUUUACGAGGGUCGUCAAAUUUACUUUGGUGACGUCUUAAGUGCUAAGGAAUACUUUCAGCGUCUAGGUUAUGUUUGUCCAUCUCGUCAAUCAACUACAGAAUUCCUGACCAGUGUGACAGAUCCUAAUGGGUACCAUGAAGUUCUUGAAGGCUACGAGGACCUUGUUCCACGUACUGCAGCAGAAUUUGAGGAACGUUGGAGAAGUUCACCAGAAUACCAGCGAUUGAAGAGCGACACAGAGGAAUAUAAGGCACUUUAUAAUAGUGAACAGACAAGAGAACAGCUAAAACGGUCCAAAUUGCAGAAGAAAUCAAAGUUUUCUAGAAAGAAGAGCUCGUACACUUUAUCGUUUGCAGAACAGGUGCGGUUGUGUACCGUCAGAGGAUUCCAGCGUAUAUAUGGAGAUAAGGCCUAUACUGUAACGAACAUCGUGGCGGCUUCCCUGCAAGCCAUAAUUACGGGUACGUUAUUUUUCCAGUCAUCUGCUGAUACCAUUGGUGCGUUUUCUAGAGGUGGUGUGUUGUAUUUCUCUGUCUUAUACUAUUCUUUAAUGGGUCUUGCAAGUUUGAAUUUCUCUCAUAGACCAAUUUUGCAAAAACAUAAGAAUUACAUGUUAUACCAUCCAGGUGCGGAAGCUCUCGCUUCAAAUAUUGCUGCAUUUACUUUUAGAUUUAUUGGGUUAAUUAUUUUCCUCAUUCUCUUAUAUUUCCUAUCCGGUCUAACACCAGAAGCAGGAAGGUUCUUCAUGGUGUUACUAUUUAUGGUUAUAGCAUCAGAGAGUGUCAUUACAAUGUUUGAAUCUCUUGCGGCUAUGUGCGAUACCCUUUCACAAGCUAAUGCAGCUGCAGGUGUUAUUAUGUUGGGUAUUUCAAUGUAUUCUACUUAUAUGAUUCAAGAGCCCUCCAUGCACCCUUGGUUCAAGUGGAUUUCCUAUGUGCUUCCAAUUAAAUAUGCGUUCGAGGCGCUGCUUAACACUGAAUUCCAUAACCGUUAUAUGAAGUGUGAUCAAAACUUUAUUCCACAAGGUCCCGGAUACGAAAAUGUAUCAGCAGAUAACCGUGUGUGUGCAUUUUUGGGUUCCAAACCAGGUAUGGAUAGUGUUUUAGGUGACGAUUACUUGAAGGUCAACUAUGGUUACACCUAUAGUCACCAAUGGCGUAACUUUGGUAUUCUUGUUUUGUUUUGGAUUGGUUUUAUGGUUAUCAAGUGCGUUGCAACAGAAUUGAAGCAACCAGUGAAGGGAAUGGGCGAGACCUUAGUUUUCAAGAAAGGUACUUUGAAGCGCCGGGCACAAUUAAAAGCUGACCCCGAGGACAAAAUUCCAGGUAAUUUGUCAGAGUCAAAGAUGUUAAUAUCUAGUGAUGCAAGUGCUGAUCCUUCCAGCAUGUUUGAAGGACUCACCAAUGGGGAUAUAUUUAUGUGGAAGGAUGUUUCUUACACCGUUCCAACUAAGACUGGAAUGCGGAAGCUGUUGAAUAAUGUUUCUGGAUUCUGCGCACCUGGAACUUUAACUGCUUUAAUGGGAGAAUCCGGUGCAGGUAAGACUACAUUAUUAAACACAUUAGCGCAGAGAAAUGUUGGUAUUAUUACUGGUGACAUGCUGGUUAAUGGUUUGCCUAUAGAUGCUAGUUUUGAGCGUAAAACUGGUUAUGUUCAGCAACAAGAUGUCCAUACUCCGGAAUUGACAGUGAGGGAAUCGCUACAGUUUUCUGCAAGAUUGAGAAGACCUCAAUCGGUACCAGAACAGGAGAAGAUGGAGUACGUUGAAAAGAUUAUUGAUGUCUUCGGUAUGUCUGAUUUUGCAGAUGCACUUGUAGGUAAAGUUGGUUGUGGUUUGAAUGUUGAACAAAGGAAGAAGCUUUCGAUAGCCGUUGAGUUGGCUGCAAAACCUUCUUUGCUGUUGUUCCUUGACGAACCAACUUCAGGUCUGGACUCUCAAUCUGCUUGGGCGGUUGUUUCUUUGUUGAAAAAACUUGCAGCUACUGGUCAAGCCAUUUUGUGUACAAUUCACCAACCUUCUGCAACACUAUUUGAACAAUUUGAUAGAUUAUUAUUACUGAAGAAGGGGGGCGAAACCACUUAUUUUGGUGAUAUUGGUGAGCACUCUUCAACCAUUGUCCAAUAUUUCGAGCGUAACGGAGCCCGUAAGUGCUCACCUUCUGAAAAUCCAGCAGAAUAUAUUUUGGAAGCCAUUGGAGCAGGAGCAACUGCAUCUGUGAAGGAGGACUGGGGUGAUAUUUGGAGAAAUUCGCCAGAAUUUGUUGCUAGGACUGAGGAACUUGACAAGCUCUGCUUAUCUUCAAGGCCCUCAUCACCUGUUAUUGAUAAUUCUCUUACUUCGAAGUUCAGUACGAGUUAUCUAUACCAGUUCCGGUACACUUUGAUGAGAACUGGUACUAUAUUUUAUAGGGAUCUCAAUUAUUUGAUGGCAAAACAAAUGUUGUUUAUUGUCGGUGGUCUAUUUGUCGGGUUUAGUUUCUUCGACAUUGCUUCAUCGUUUAAAGGUUUACAGAAUAUGAUGUUUGCAAUCUUUAUGACUAUUAUUAUAUCUGCACCUUCUAUGAACCAAAUCCAAGAACGUGCCCACCACGGUAAAGAGUUAUACAAUGUGCGUGAAUCAAAAUCAAACAUGUUCCAUUGGUCACUAGUGCUAAUUACUGAGUUCCUAGUUGAACUUCCAUACCAAUUGUUUUUCGCAACUUUGUUCUUCUUAUGUGGAUUUUUGCCAUUGAGAUCCGGUGCUAGCUCGUACAAUCAAGGUAUUUUCUACCUAAACUUUGCUGUGCUUUUCCAAUUUUAUGUCGUUGGUCUAGGUUUGUGUGUUCUAUAUCUUGCCCCAAAUCUUGAAACUGCAAACGUCAUUCUUGGUCUAAUUCUCUCCUUUUUGUUGUCUUUCUGUGGUGUUACCCAACCAAUGAAUUUGAUGCCAAAGUUCUGGAAGUUCAUGUACUAUGCAAGUCCCUACACUUACUUCGUGCAAACUUUCUUGGGAUUGACUUUACAUGGUAGAGAAGUGGUUUGCAAACCUGAAGAAUUAUCCUUUUUGAACCCUCCAUCAGGUAUGACGUGUGGACAAUAUAUGUCUUCGUUUGUUGAGAAUAGCUCCGGUUACAUUACUAAUCCUGAUGAGACUAGCAACUGUGGUUAUUGUAUUUACAAAACUGGUGACGAAUUUUUAACUACUAUUGGAGCCAACUACAAUCAAGUCUGGAGAAAUUUCGGUCUUCUUUGGGGUUACGCCAUCUUCAACGUUGUUGCAAUGUUGACAUUUUACUGGCUGUUCCAUAUCAAACGCAUCCAUACUAAGAUUCGGAUGCCCUUUUCAAACCGGAAAUCGAAAGUAACAAAUUAA